AUGCAUCAACAAGUUCUCCGCAGCAGCAUCGUCGCACGUUCAAAUCCGACCCUCACGGCAACAGCCAUAGACCCCAACCACACACUCCCAACAGACCUCAGUCCAGAAGUCGACGGCCAGGCACAGCACACUCUUUGGAAUCCCCGUCCUCAUCUUCAGGCGACCCCACUAACCCAUUUGUUCAAGGGAAGAUACCGCCAUCAUCAACACCUACAGUCCUCGGGCAGUGCUAGGUCCACCAGAACCAGGAACUUCAUUCACAGGUUCAUGGACAUAAGGGGGAAGCCCACUCACAAGGCAAUACAGUCCCGCCCUCUGCGAUACCCAAUUGCCCAGCCCGUCACAAACCACCCUCUUGAGCCAGCCGCCCCAAAUCCGCCACCUGACUUGGAACUUGAGCUUUCUUCGGCGCCCCAGUACACACCCUGGGGACGACUAGAUUGGAACCAACUCUCUGAUAAACAAAGGGUCCACACGGUCGAAAAGGCAGCAGCAGCCAGAAUCUACCUGGAGACCUACUUCGAGGAUGCUUUGAGUAGUCGUCUCACACCACGUGAACAGCGUAUCGCCGAGCACCAACGAAAUCUGGAUCAGUAUGGAGGUCACCUCGGCCCCAGAUCGGACUUGGAAAACCUCGAGACCCUGCAAAUCCUCGGAAAAGGGAGCUUCGGAGUUGUCAAGCUUGUAUGGGACCGAUGCCGACGACAGGUAUUUGCUAUGAAGGUCAUUCGGAAGUCUGACAUGAUUCGAAGCUGCCAAGAAGGGCACUUGCGAGCGGAAAGAGACUUCUUGGCGGCCUCUGAGAAUUCAGAAUGGGUGGUGCCCCUGAUAUCCAGUUUCCAGGAUCCAGUGAAUCUUUACCUCCUAAUGGACUACAUGCCGGGGGGAGACUUUCUUGGUCUUCUGAUUCGCGAAAACAUCAUGACCGAGUCCAGAACUCGAUUCUACAUCGCCGAGAUGAUACUUUGCGUCGAAGAGGCCCAUAGACUUGGAUGCAUCCACCGAGAUGUCAAACCAGACAACUUCCUCAUCGGUGCCGACGGUCACCUGAAAAUCUCGGAUUUCGGGCUGGCUUUUGACGACCAUUGGUCCCAUGACACCUCCUACUACAAGUGGCAGCGACAGUCAAUUCUGGCCCUGACAGGUGUUACGCUAGACGGUGAUGGCGAGGAUCAAAAAGCGGCCCGCGAUGGUGGACGGGCGAGGCGACGAUCAUCUCGGGAAGGGUCAUCCAAGCACUAUCCCCCGUCAGAAUUGCUCCGAACCAAGUUUGAUGGGCUUGAAUGUCCGUUCAAUGUCGUCGAAACAAACGCAGACGAGAUUGUAAAAGUCGACCAGCUGCUUGGUUGGCGAACAGCAGAGACACGCCGAUCCUCGGCCCGCUCCAUUUGGAGUAUCGGAAUCAUCCUUUACGAGUGCCUAUAUGGGCACACGCCGUUUCUCUCGGAGAAGGGUCGUCACUAUACCAAGCAGAACAUCCUCGAAUAUCGGAAAAGCUUGGUGUUUCCUAUUGACGGACCUCCAGUCUCGAGAGUAUGCCGGCAAUUGAUCAACGAUCUGCUUCAGGACAAAGACAGCCGUCUCUCAUCACCCGAGUAUCGCAACCAAGAUGCUCGACGAAGUUGGGACAAGCUUCAGGGCUACAAGAAAAUACCGAGUCAAUACGUUUUCAAUAACGACGCAUCCGAGAUCAAGGCCCACCCGUGGUUUCGGGGCGUUCCUUGGGAAGCAAUACGCUCCAGUCGGCCAGAGUGGAUACCACAUAUUCAAAGCUACGCCGACUCUCACUACUUUGAAGAAGAUGAGCCGAUCAGCGACUGGUCUGACUCAAUGGAUUCCGAGAUAGUGGAGGGGUCGGAGAACCUGGACGAUCUCCGUCUUAGGUUUCUACAGUACGACUUUGAAGACGAUGUGAGGUGCCUGGCCACUGAGUUCAUCUCCAAACCCUACGAUUCAUCCAAGUUGAAACGAUUCGAUCGCGAUAUUGACGAUCAUGCCUUUCUGGAAGAUGUUGAAAAGGCCUUUCUCAAAUGGUACGUCAGAAGAGUCGGACGAAAAGAAUGCAAGCGCCCAAGAGACAAGUUACUACGGGACCGUUGGGUCAAGGAGGAAGUUCUUCAGAUGAGGAAGCGAACAGCUUUUCUAGGUUAUUCGUGGCGACGCAAAGACAUGGCCAGCCGCAGGCCUGUUGGAACAGUCUACCCUACAAAUUCUUGA